CACCCUCUGGUAUCCUGAAGAUACACACCAGCAUCAUGAAGGUGGUCGCAGCUCUAGUGUGCCUGGUGGUGGCGACCACAGCCAGGUCGCCAUACCUGCUCCCGGAUGGCUACAUCGAAGUCUUGGGCGGGGAACCGAACAAAGUCUUCGACUGCGCCAACCGCGCCUACGGCUACUACGCCGACGUGGCCAGCGGCUGCAGAAUCUUCCACGUGUGCGACCCAGUAUAUGACGAAGAAGGACUGACGGUGGUGAGAGUAGACCAGUUCUCCUUCCUGUGCGGGAACCUGACGAUUUUCAGCCAGGAAUACCUCACUUGUACCCUGCCUGAAGAAGCCUUCCCGUGCGACCAGGCCGCGACCAUCUACGAGUCUUCAAACGCAGAGUUCGGCAAGAUUCCCGAAGAGCCGUAAAGAGGUUCUUCUUGCGUGACCCUUUCAGUCCUGCCAGUAGAAUUCCUAGUCCUUCGUGUAUUGUCUGACUUCUCCCAGGUGGAAUCCCCAGGCGAGGAAGGAAGGCCCAUCGUCUUCCUCUCUCGUCUGGGGGGCUCCAGUGUUGGCUGUCCCGUGAGUGGCUUCUCUUUCUCCUUUCUCUGUCCGGUAAUAUCUUUAAAUUUAUUUCAAUAUUUUUCCCUUCCCCUGAUUCACGUUGCCACUUUAUUGUCUGUAAUAUCUUGCAUCAUCUUCACUUAUACAACCUCCACCGAUACUGCAAUCAUUGACACCUAACCCCCCACCCCUUCUGGGAAGGUAGCUUGACCCCAAACACCUGUUCUGGGAGGUUCAGUUAACUCUUACACCUGCUCUGGGAGGUUCAGUUAACCCUUACACCUGCUCUGGGAGGUUCAGUUAACUCGUACACCUGCUCUGGGAGGUUCAGUUAACUCUUACACCUGCUCUGGAAGGUUCAGUUAACCCUUACACCUGCUCUGGGAGGAUCAGUUAAUCCCUACACCUGCUCUGGGAGGUUCAGUUAACCCUUACACCUGCUCUGGGAGGAUCAGUUAACCCUUACACCUGCUCUGGGAGGUUUAUCUAACCGCUACACCUGCUCUGGUUCAACUAAAUCCCCACCUGGGCUAUGGAAGAUUCACCUAUCCUUUUCAUCUGCUUUGAGAGGUUACCCAACCUCCACACCUGCUUUGGGAGGGCGACAUAACCCCCACAUACCUACUCUGGAAGGUUCACUUAGCACCCUACACCUGCUCUGGGAGGUCCACCUCAACGCCACACCUGUCAUUUCACACCUGUGGCGAUUAUUGGGUGUAAUAUUGCCUUUUGGAUAUAAAAUAAUAAACAAUGAAUACAUGAA